AUGUUGGACACUAUUACUACAGAUACCACAGCUGGAUGGCUUGAAAAAAGUAUGCAAGAUUUUGACGAAAUCUCCCCUCAAAGGGAUGUACUUGAUGAUGACUUCCUUAGUAAGGAACACGGUCAAGAUAAUGCAAGUGCAGAUUACUACGACGAGGUAGACAAUGAAGGGACCAAUUAUAGUGGCAGUGGCUAUUAUGGUUACUCGGACGACUCAGAGACCAUUGGGCUGGCGAGAAACGACACCUCGGGUCAGUUUCCACCACUAGACAGCUUUAUUUUCCCAGAUUCUAGGGCUCUGUUCUUGUUGGAUUUGGCCACCUAUACUGAUCUGACUUAUGAAGAAAUUAUCAUACACGGCUUCGAAAUCUAUAUAGUGGAACAGUGGGUCGCAUGUAGAAAUUUGUCAACAUUAAUCACAUCAUACACAGGAAACUCUCAAGAUACCAUAUCAGGAAUCAGGGUUGUUUUGCCAAAGGAAACACGCGUGUGGCCUGGUAAGUUUAAACAGUAUUACGGAGAGUUGAUGGAGUUUGCACGGCCAAAAUUCACGCCAAAAGGUACUCUUUUUAUUACCAAUUUAUCGGGCGUAUCCUUUGGCUUGAACCUAUUGCACGUGGAAUGCGGAGACUUGAGGACAAUUUGGAAGGAUUUCGAGGUUAAUUUCGAUUUGAAAAACCUUCAUUGCGGUGGACGAUCGGGAAAUUUAUUAUGUCCUCCGACGAUGGCGUCACUCGAGAAGUUUUCACAACUGUUCAGAAUUCCCACGAAUAGUUUUAUAGCCCAACAUCCUCAAAUGAUACAGCAGCAGCAGCCACGUUUGUCUGCGGAAGAGUACAAGUUUUUCGGCAGCCAUCGGAAUGGGAUCAGUAGUGGUAAGUCUCCCGUUGUGGAGAUGAUAACGUUGGUUCAAAUCUCAUUAAGCUACUUCAAUUUUUUACACAAAAAUUACCAAACAGAUGGUCUUUUAUGCGAAGAUACCAAGCGAGCUAUAGAUGAGUGGUGGGAAAUUUACGGGAAAUUGUAUCUCGGAAUGGAAAAACCGAAGAAUGAAUGCACUUUGGGUCCAACAACAGUAGCUGGUCUAAUUAGUUUGAUCCUGUGUUGCUAUUUCAAACUUAUGAUUGAAAACUGCAUUUCCUCCAAGGAUCCAUUUGAUGAAGUGGGAUUUUUCCAAGGUGUCUAUAAUUUCCAAAAAAAGCAUGGCCUAAAUAAGGGAAUUUCAAGAGCUUGUUUGAAUCCAAGAACAUUAGAAAAACUUUUUGAAGUGACGGCAAAGAUUUCUAACAAAGACAUUUUCAAACUCAAAAAAAUGGUAAAAUCAACCAUACAAGACAUUAUAGGGAAGGGCAAUCCCAUUAAUUUGUCACACGAUAUUCUCACGACAGAUCUGGACACACUCGUUCAUAAUAUUCACGGAGGUUCCGUGGGAAUAUUAUGGAAAGGUAAAGGUCAACCAAGAAAAACAUGUAUCGAUAUAUCUAAUGAAGAGUUCUUAAAAUUUGAUUAUCAAAGAGGAAAUCCUGAUAGGCAAAUAAGAGAAAGAGAAUUGCUACUGGAAAAACUCCGCUUAGAAAAAAUCGCAUAUGCCCAGAAGCAUGCUUCCAAGAAGGUGAGCUCUUCCAGUUUCAACUCAUCUGAGAGCGUGACUGGAAUUAAUGGUAUGCCCUCUUCAGCAACAGUAUCGUCGAUGUUUCCGAACUAUGAUAACACCAAAUAUGUCUACAAUUUCGGGAUUAACAAGUUGUAUCAAGGCGAAUAUUACCGCAGGAAUUCAUUCCCCUAUUGUAAUGAUUGGACGCACGGCAGUUGUUAUGAAGACCUAUCAGAGGUGAAGGAAAAGUCAUCUUGUUUAUACAGGUGCAACUCUUCUUCAGCAAUUCAAAAUGUCGUAGAGAAAUGGGAUUUACCAUUUGACCCAUCUGUUGUUCGAAUAGCUAGAGAUCUAUUGCGGAUGAAAUAUCAUAUCCAAGUGCAACAGCACAUACAAGAAAUGGAUGAGAACUUUAUGGGUAGAUUGGAUAAAGAGGGAACGGUUGCUCAGUACGUGAAAUUCAACGAAAGAUAUAAGAAAUUGCAAGAGUUAUAUAAAAAGUAUUCAGAAGGUACAAAAAAGUUUGAAGAAAGAUUUCAAGAUAUUGACAACAAGCAGCAGCUCCUUCUUCAUGAGAUGCAAGAAUUGAAUUCACUAUCAUCGAGAUUAAAAUACGAUAUGCGGAUUUUGGAAGUCCGUGUGAGAGACAUUGAAAGUAGUGUUGCUCAAUUUGAUUCUAAAUUGAUUGGGUUAAAAAAUUCCCUGCAGGGGCAAGGUAAGGCCAGUAUAUGCUCGGCGAUGGAUCCCAAGAAUGAUAAAGAGCAAUACGAUAGGUGCGUAAAUGAUCUGAUGACCACUAGUAACCCCUCUUAUGAAGCUCUGUGCUUGAAGAUGUUGAGCCGCCGUUAUUUGACGGAUUUGAAGCACGAUACUAUGGGUUGGUUUAGAUGGUUGUUUGGCAACAGUUCUUUGCAUAGAAAUGUCAAUGACGACGAUAGAAGCAUACAAAUUUAA